UCUCCCCGGGCAACGACAGCCAGCGACGCGGAGGCCUACCUGCGACAAUUUGGAGACACAGAUUCUUUGAUUCUCGCACACCACACGCCAGAUUCGAGCUACAACCAACACUAAAACCAUAAUGUCUGAAGAAGAUCAACAAGCGCCAUCUCAAGAGGAGGAGCAGCUCAAAACUGAGCAGAACAAUGACACCAUAAACAUCAAAGUUGUUAGCUCUACUGGGGACGAGGUGUUCUUCAAGAUCAAACGAAGCACGAAACUCAGCAAGCUCCAAGGAGCGUACGCGAAUAAAGUGGGCAAGGACGUUGGCAGCAUUCGAUUUUUGUAUGAUGGAACGAGGAUAAAUGAGGACGACACGCCGAACACUCUUGAGAUGGAAGACAACGAUACGAUUGAUGUCAUGGUUGAACAGGUUGGAGGCUCUCCUCGUCUUUGGCCCUAGGUUUUACUUCUGGCUGCUGGUGUACCCCUUGCUUUCGUUACUGCUCGUACAUACAACAGAGCAUUGUAUCAAUCACGUUCUGCUAUCUUAAUUUUCUUGCCAUUGC